AUGAAGUUACUGAGUCUUGGUGUUACUUUUCUUUUUAUUACCUACUCGGGGGCUCUGUCAUUGUUAACUGAUAAUGAAGACAGCAAUUCUACAACAUUAAUCGACAAGGAAAAUAUAAACAACCUGAAGGUACUAUGGCAGAUGAUUAAUCAAGAGACUGUUAUUCGUUUAGCCUUGGUCAAAAAUGUUCACGUCUUAAUGAAUGACGUUGAUUCUAUCAAACAAAACCUUGUGUCAUCUGACACCACCGUCACCAAUUUGCAGCAGACGAUACAAACAUUGAAAACUCAGGUGGGCGCGUUACAACAGGAAAACAAAAGGCUUGCUGACGAUAAUAUAAGAUUUCAAAAACAAAUUCAGGAAUUUCAAGAAAAAUUUACAAAAGUUGACGAAAACAUUACAGAUAUUUAUGAACACCAACAGGUCACGGAAAUACGGAAUGAAGAGAAGCGUCAAGCUAUAUUCAACAAAACUAAUCAUAUUCUGGAUGACGUCAAAAUGGAGGUGAGAUAUCUAUCUGUGACUCUUCUGGACUUCAAGGAAAGGACUGAAAAGGAUACUAAAAUUAAAGAUGAAAACAUUCAGAAGAUCGAGAGACGCUUGAAUUCAACUCUUGAAUAUGUAAAUGCUAAAUUUUUGAGAACGGAAGGAAUUUUCGGGAACUUUUCUGCGUCAUUAAAAGACAUGGAAUACUCUCAGUCUGAGACCAGCAGAAAUCAAAUGG